CAUUUUUGAAAUUUCCGGUAUGCAUUUAUAACUACCAGAAAUUUCAAAUUUCCGGUAUGUUCAUCGGAAAUUUCAUACCUCUUUGAAAUUUCCGGUACAGUGUAUAUUUUUUUUUUAUAUAAUUUUUUUAAUUUUUUUUUAUUGAAUUUUGUUAGUGAGGACCAGAGGAGCAAAAACUAACAUUCAUCAUUCUUGAGUUCGACCUCCUACACAAUCAAAUAGGAGAGUUGCUGUUGAAAAAAGAAGAAAGAGAAAUGAAGAAGAAAGACAGGCGCCCCAGGAUGAGCAGCCCCAGCAAAAUCCUGUGUUUGAUGAAGAACAGGAUGACCAGCCCCAACAAGAUCAUGUGUUUGAUGAUGAACAUGAUCACCAGCAGCAACAUCAGUUUGAUGAUGAACAUGGUCAGCAGCACCAGCCUGAAGAACCCAUGUUUCCUGAAGGUCCUUAUGAUCUUUCUGUCCUUAAAGAUUAUGAGCACCAUAUUGCAGUUAAUGUGUGGAAUGGAUAGGAUAGACGUGCCUUGAAAGUUGUUUCAAAUGGCAAAAAGCAAGACAAAUUCAUUGAUAUCAGAUAUUGAUUACCUUCUCAAAUAGAUCAUUGGAUUACUAUAUCUGGAUUACGUCCUCUGAGAAGAUGUAGUUUGCAUAUGAUUGAUGGUAAUAUGAUAUCUGCUUUUGCUGAGAGAUGGCACGUAGAGACUAGUUCAUUUCACCUGUCAUUCGGUGAAAUGACUAUUACUCUUGACGACGUUAGGGGUCUUUUGAGCAUCCCAUGUUCUGGAGAGUUUUUCACACCUCCCACAAAUGUCAAUGAAGAUUUGGCAAUUGCUGCUGCUGUUGAGUUGUUGGGAGUUGCAUAUGAUGAAGCUGCCACUGAAACUAGGACCAAUAGAGGUGCCUCGUAUAGUUUUGAGUGGUUGAAAGAGGUAUUUUUCAUGAAACUUCAUGAAGGACGAUAUGACUGUGCAGCGAGGGCAUACUUACUUCAUUUGGUAGGGUGUACCAUUCUAGCUGAUAAAAGUUUUACCCUUGUAUCAGCAAAAUAUCUGUUUUUGUUUCAAGACCUUGAUACUUGUGGUAAAUGGGUAUGGGGACCAGCUGCACUUGUUGUGUUAUAUGACUAUCUUAGAGAUAGUACAUUGCUUGCAACCAAACAAAUUGAGGGAUAUUUAUCUUUAUUUCAGACUUGGAUUUAUGAACAUUUUCCUGAUAUUUGUAAACGGGAUAUGGAUGAGCAUAUUUCCUCGAUGCCACGGAUGUUUCACAUCUGGGAACGUUGCAUAUUACAGGGCAAAGUUGGAUGCUUUGAGGGAUACUGA